AUGGGGGAUCCGACCACGCGACGAAACCAAACCAGAAAUCGUCUCCGCGCUCAGCUGCGGAAGAAACGGGAAUCGUUGGCCGAUCAGUUCGAUUUCAAGAUUUACGUCGCCUUUGUUUUCAAGGAUAAGAAAAAGAAGUCUGCACUUUUCGAGGUCGCCGAAGUGGUGCCGGUGAUGACCAACAACUACGAGGAGGAUAUUCUGCGAGGCGUACGGGAUUCCCGCUACUCCCUGGAGAGCUCCAUAGAGCUCCUGCACAAGGACGUGGUGCAGCUCCACGCGCCCAGAUACCAGUCCAUGCGAAGGGACGUGAUAGGCUGCACGCAGGAGAUGGACUUCAUCCUUUGGCCGCGAAAUGACAUCGAGAAGAUCGUCUGUCUGCUCUUUUCCAGGUGGAAGGGAGCCGACGACGAGCCGUUCAGGCCAAUUCAGGCCAAGUUUGAGUUCCAGCACGGUGACUACGAGAAGCAGUGUUUGCACGCGCUCACUCGCAAGGACAAAGCCGGAACGAUCAUGAACAACCCCGCGCAGUCAGUGUUCCUCUUCAUGGAUCGACACCACCUACAGACUCUGAAAAGCAAGGCGACGGUAUUGAAGCUGUGCAGCCUGUGCUUGCACCUCCCCCAAGACCAGCUGACCUGCUGGGGCGUGGGCGACAUCGAGGACCACCUCAGACCUUACAUGCCCGACUAG